AUGCAGAACUUGAGGAAGAAGCAGAAUAAUUCCGGGGAUUGUAAUGGUGAUGUUCCGAAGCAGAAAGAGCGACACAUUGUUUCAUGGUCUCAAGAGGAGGAUGACAUACUACGCGAGCAAAUUCGCAUCCAUGGAACAGAAAAUUGGGGUAUCAUAGCAUCAAAGUUCAAGGAUAAAACAACCAGGCAAUGCAGAAGAAGAUGGUACACUUAUUUGAAUUCUGAUUUCAAGAAGGGGGGAUGGUCACCAGAGGAAGACAUGCUCUUAUGUGAGGCACAGAAAAUAUUUGGCAACAGAUGGACUGAAAUAGCAAAGGUGGUUUCAGGCAGAACAGAUAAUGCUGUGAAAAAUCGGUUUUCCACCCUGUGUAAGAAAAGAGCAAAGCAUGAGGCCUUAGCAAAAGAGAAUAACACGUCAUCCAUCAACCUGAACAACAAAAGGGUGAUAUUCAAUAAUGGGCUCAAUAUAGAUGGAAUAUCGGAUACGGUACCGCCUUAUAAGAAGAUCAGGUACAAUUAA